UCUGUCUGCGGUUUUUGCUAGCUCUUGCGACUCUUGCGGCCGCCAUGGCGCGGUGGCGUCUGCGUCUUGAGGACUUCGGGCGGCGCCAGGAGGGUCCCAGCCAAACCAGUGAAGCCUGGCACCAGCCCCGUUGGGCAGCGCGCAAAGGCGACGAAGAUCGGCCCUGCUCCCGCACCUCGCGGCCCAGUUCCGCGCGCACGCCCUCGCCGGUGUUGUCGAGCCCAGCGCCUCCCAGCGUCAGAGCAGGGGGCCAUGUAGAGACCUGGGCGACCAGGGUGGAACGCAGAGACCGCGGCGAGCUUCCCGUGACCUACGGCUUGAAAGCAGACAGCGGUAAAGGCUCGCUGCUGCCCAACUACGACCUCUGGGUCACCCUGCAUGGGGGGAACGGGCGCUGGCAGCAGGCACGUGCGCAGAACCAGUGGACGCACAUGCUGGUCGAGCAUGAGGCCACUUUGGGCGCUCGGAAGCAGGAGUCGGAGCGCCAGCGGCUGCGCCGGGCCGAGGCGGCUCGUCAGCGCCGGGCCGAGGAGGAGGAGCUGAGCCGGCGCGUGGAGGAGGCUGAGGCGGACAAGCGGCGCAGAAGGGAUGAGGAGCUGCGGCAGCAGCAGCGAUUGGAGGAGGAGGCGCGGAAGGCGAGGCUGGAGGAGGAGAGGCUCCUGGAGCUCAUGCAGCCCCGGAAGUGCGCCAAGUGCAACGGCACGGGGCGCUGCAGCAACUGCCAGGGUGAGGGAUCGGUGGACGUGCUCUUCCUGUCCCCCAGGGUCGGGCACAGGCACAUGCCAAUCCAACAGGGGAGGCGGCCAAGAGGCUGCAGGCAGUGCGGGGGCUCCGGGGACGGCAGCCUCCUCCGGGACUUCGUGGCGGGCACCGGGCGCUGCGACGUGUGCAAGGGCGAGCGCUUCAUCCAGCCGGGCGGCUUCAAGGGCGAGGUCGCGCCCCAAAAGGGUCGGGACCGCGAGCGCGAGGCGUUCGCCUCAGUGGCAGACAUGUGAGGAGGCCCCCGAACCACGCAAUCCGCGCGGUUCGGGGAGCCAAGCUGAGCCGGACCAGGCUGUCUGGCCAAGCACUUGGGGCCUUGGCUAGAGAGAAGGCAAUCCUCCGCUGUUCUAUCGCCAUCAACCUGCCUGCGGGUUUUGGGCUGCCGGGUUUCAUGUGGG